AUGGCGGUAUCUCCAGCAUCCGUCAUUCAUGGACCUGCGUUCAUUGGAAUUUUCCUCAAUCUAAUUCUUUAUGGUGCCAUGAUCGUUCAGGUCUUCUACUACUACACUCGUUACCCUCAGAUUUAUGACGUGCUUGUCAAUAAUUGGGGCAACGAGGACGCACUCCUCGUUGCAAACUGGCUAUUCCUUACGGAUCCUGCGAUAACUGGCAUUAUCGCUGCUUUAGUGCAGUCUGCCAUUGCGGCCGGAAUACUGAAGGAGUGGACCCUCUUCCCAAAAGGCACUUUCAUUCUUGUGUUGUGGCUAGCGGGUGGGGCUGUCGCGGAUAUUGGUAUUACCAUUGUCAUAACAUGGCAUCUCCGUCGUCACUCGGCCAACUUCACGCAGCAAUCAGACCCACUCAAUCGUGUGGUCAGAAUGACCAUCUCAAACGGAUUGAUCACAACACUGGUCAACUUGGCUGACAUUAUUGCCUUCGAGGCUUCGCCCAGUGGACUUAGCUUUAUGUUCAACAUGCCGCUUGCGAAGCUGUACACAAAUUCGGCGUUGGCAACGUUGAACCAGAGGCAAACCACCGUUCAGGAGCCGAUCGCAUCCUUCAAGUCACCAGCCGCUAAGCUACUUGCUGGUAGUAAUCCUUCGGGCAGAAACGAGAGACAAGCUCCAGGGGUGUCCGUCACCGUGGAAAGGCACGAGAUGGUCGAUAUGCCAGAGACUGAUUUGAAGGGUAACUCCGAGUGGGAACUUGGACAUAACAAGAGGAAUGCCAGUAUUGUCUGA